GUCUCUUACCACUUCUUGUUAGUCAAUUUUGAGCUUUUCUAGCGUUAGCACGCGCCAAGUGUCCGCGUUCGAAAAAUUGGCGGAGAGCGUUGGGAAACCAUCUCUCUUUUUGGGUGAUUGUGAAGUUGAACAAAAGGAUCAAAAGUGGCCUACAAUCGCAGUGGUUAAUUGACUGAGACUUCUCUCCUUCGAGCAAAUAUGAAAGUUUCUUGGGUGCUUUUUGUGAGUGUGUCGGUUAGUUUGCUUGGCAUGGCUUGCAUAACCCUAUGUGCAAGUACAAAUGGUACAGCUGAAAUUAAGAAGAUUGACGAUAGUACCAAAAAUUUAACAACAAAAACCUCAGACAAUGCCACAGAAAUCACAUCAGAAAAAAGCCAUAAGGGAGGUCGCAGGGUGAUCAAACAGUCCAAAAACGACGCCAGACCCAGUGAUAGUCGAGUUGUGGUCAGCACAAUUCCCACCACCAAGCCCAGGAAGGCAACCAAAAAGCCACAGAUCCAGAAGAAAAGCACUAAGAAGACCGUGAAUGAACUGAUUUGUCCAAAAAACGCAGAAAAGCACGUUGGAUGGUUUGCUCUGCCCUGUACCAACAAUAAAUCCUGCCAAAUUAUGGGCAAAAAGCACGUCUGCUGCAAAGUCAACAACUACAAAAGAUGCAUCCUGGGUGUCCCGAAGCCCAUCUCUGAGCCUCGUCAUGAGCCCAUUCUUGGACUCAUCCAGCAAAAAUGCCCAAAAACACCCCUUGCAGAGCUCUUCUGGGAGAUCAAAACCUGUGAUACCGACGCCGAUUGUUGGCCAAGAGUAUGCUGCCCAGAUGGCCGGAGGAAAUACUGCAGGAGCGCUACUGUAGAAUUACAAAAAUCCGACAUUCCCUUCGCACGCUCUCUGGCAAAUCCUCUGGAAGCAAUGUCCGGAUACAUUCAGUGUACUCCACCCCCUCCAGCACAAUUUGACCUAUAUCCAAAGCCCUGUAACAACACCCUGGAUUGCUUUCCCAAUGUCUGCUGCCAGGAAAAGGGCCGAAAGCAUUGUAGGCCACCCAAGCGCUCUCUUCUAGCACUCAUCACGACAAUGACACAGAAUGUGAGCGCACAGUGGCUGAAGGAGUGGGCCUCAAACCUCGUCAUCCCCUAAAAUCUGUGAUUUGGAAUUCCAUCUUCCUACUCAGUACCUAAUAAACGGAUUUAUUUACCAGUGAAAGGCUAUUUUAUUGCUUAAUAAGACGUCCGAAAGGAUAAAU